AUGGCAGAAGGAGGGACAACCCUGGAGUACACUCCGACAUGGGUCGUGGCAGUGGUUUGCUCUGUUAUUGUUAUUAUUUCUCUUCUUGUUGAAAGAAUCCUUCACUACCUUGGCAAGUUAUUGAAGAGAAAACACCAGAAGCCGCUCUUUGAAGCCUUACAGAAAAUCAAAGAAGAGUUGAUGCUUUUGGGGUUUAUAUCACUGCUACUGACAGUGUUCCAAGGCAGAAUUAACACUAUCUGCAUAUCUGAGGAAUUGUCAAAGAAAAUGCUACCCUGCAAAAAAGAAGGCGAGGGAAGCAAAGAAACCACUGCACACUUCCAGACCUUCUUUUCUUUCUUUCCUGGUGGGGCUUCCAGUCGCCUUUUAGCCGAGGCUUCCUCCGCUAAUUCUUGUUCCAAGGGAAAGGUUCCUAUUUUAUCUACAACAGCUUUGCAUCAUCUUCAUAUAUUUAUCUUCGUGCUCGCUUGUGUGCAUGUGGUUUUCUGUGCUCUAACCAUUCUGUUCGGAAGUGCUAAGAUAAGGCAAUGGAAAGUUUGGGAGGAUUCUAUCUCAAAUAGGGAACAAGAUCCGGAAGCUCAAGGUCCAAAGCUUACGCAUGUUCAAGACCAUGAUUUUAUCAGGAACCACUAUCAGGGUUUUGGAAAGAAUUCUUACUUUCUGAGUUGGGUGCAUUCGUUUUUCAAGCAAUUCUAUGCAUCGGUAACAAAAUCAGAUUAUAUAACAUUGCGACUUGGCUUCAUAAUGACUCAUUGCAGGGGAAACCCAAAGUUUGAUUUUCACAAAUACAUGAUGCGAGCCCUUGAAGCUGACUUUAAGAAAGUUGUUGGAAUAAGUUGGUAUCUUUGGUUAUUUGUAGUUCUCUUCUUGUUCCUGAAUGUUGCUGGUUGGCAUGCGUAUUUUUGGAUUGCAUUCAUACCCUUCAUUCUUCUACUAGCUGUGGGUACUAAGUUGGAGCAUGUAAUUACUCAGUUGGCCCAUGAGGUUGCUGAGAAACAUGUAGCAGUCCAAGGGGAUUUGGUUGUUCAACCUUCAGAUGAUCACUUCUGGUUCAACAAGCCUAAAAUUGUUCUCAUUUUGAUCCACAUCAUUCUAUUCCAAAACUCUUUCGAACUGGCAUUUUUCUUCUGGAUAUGGGUGCAAUAUGGUUUUGACUCCUGCAUAAUGGGACAAGUUGCUUAUAUUAUUCCAAGGCUCGUUAUAGGGGCAUUCAUUCAGUUCGUCUGCAGUUACAGUACCCUACCACUCUAUGCAAUUGUGACACAGAUGGGAAGUUCAUUUAAGAAGGCAAUAUUUGAUGAACAUAUUCAAGAAGGGCUCGUGGGUUGGGCUAACAAGGCAAAAAAGAGGACAGUGUUGAGGAAGGCUGCAAACGGGUCUAGUCAUAGCCAAAUAACUCACAGAGAGGAGUCUCCUCUGAUUCAGAUGGCAAAGGCUGAAUCAAAAGAAACUGCAAUGGAAGAGAACAAAUCAGGAGAGAUUGUACAUGGAACUAAAUGA